UGCGAAGCAGCCGAGAUUCCGCAAAGGAUACUCGCAAAUGCUCACCUGAAUUAAAAGCACGUCCCACGGCGAAAGCGACAGCACGAGAACAACAAACGCAAAGAAAUCAGCAGGAGCAACAACAACCACAACAACAACAACUACAACAAAUUAAAGCCAAAGAAAUGCAACAGCAAGAUAAAAAGAAGAAGGUCAAAACUGCUGCUGGUAGCCAAAAGAAUGUGACGAAUGGAAAAGUUGCUGCAAAGGAAUGCACAGCAACAGCAACAGCAGCGAUAGGCGAAGAAGUACAACAAGUAAACAGCGCGACUGACAAUAGCAACAGCAGUAAACAGGCAGAUGGCAGGAAGAAUUCGCAAAAGAUUGCGGGAGCUAUAGGUGGCAAUUUGUUGCAUGGCUGCCACUGGCAAUGGCGAAGAAGUCGAACGCGAGUGAACAAGGAAGAAGAGCAACAGCAACAACAACAACAACAACAGUCAAGCGAACUACUACAAGUUUAUAAAGACUACGCAGAUGAGCAAUUGUCCAUUUCGGUGUCCAAGGCGGCACCGCACACGACGAGGAUGACAAAUGUCAGCAGUUGA